CGAAUUUUAUUUAUUUUUUAUAUAUUAGCCGAAUUUCGAAUCUGAAGCUGGAAAUUCGGCGAAUGCGGUGACUUAGGUUUCUAAUAUGUAGAUUUCAUAAAUAGUAUUUUUGUUUAUUUUUUGCUUUUUUCUGAUUGGCUCUUAUAUUUUUCCUAGUGGUUUUAUUCGUUUUAAUUAUUAAAAAAAAAAAAAAAAGUGUUUAAGUCCUAAUACUAUACAGCUGCAGUACACCAGUUCAUCAUUUUUGAUGAAACAUUUCAGACUCGCCACAAUUUAUUUUGAUGAGAUUUUUUUUCUUAAACUCGUAUUGUUUAUUGCUUUCACUGUGUUUGAGCAAGGGCUGAGAAAGAGCAGACGAGGGGCCAAGCAAGGGUUUUUAGAGUCUCGUGCCAGCUCAUAUUAUUUGAAUUUUCAAGGGAUCAGAAAGAUUAAGUCUACAAUGGCUGGCUCUCGACUCCAGAAGAAUAAGCCACAUAAAACUCGCUUUGCAUCAAAAUCUUCAAGGCAUAUCCACAAACUAUCCGAGUCAGCUGCAAAGAUAUCCAAGGGUUCACAGCAUAAUAUGAGUAAAGGAGCAAAAGCUGCCAGGAUGCAACGCAGUAAAAUGGUUCGGGAACAAAAGCGUGCUGCACUUUUGGCAGAAAAACGUGCCUUAACUGGCUCAACAAGUCCCCCACGGAUUAUUGUACUAUUUCCUCUUUCAUCAAAUGUUCAGUUGACAAAACUAAAGCAAGUACUUAUGUCAGCAAUUGCUUCAGAUGAACCAUGCAUUUUUAAUGGCACAGAUACAAUGCAGAUUGAUAAAUCAGAUAAUGGAAAAACAGAAGCUAUAACAGAUGUUCUUUGUUCUUCUACUUGCAAAUUAAGAUCAAUUUUUCUGGAAGCACCACAUGGCGAUCUUCAAACAUGCUUAGAAAUGGCAAAGGUUGCAGAUAUAAUUGCAUUUGUAGCUUCAGCUGAUGGCUAUAGUAAUGGAGUUGUGCACAAUCGGUAUAUUGAUCUUAUAGGAAGCCAAUGCUUAUCUAUGCUCAGAGCUCUGGGUUUGCCCAGCACUAUUGGCUUGAUCACUGACUUACCAAUGGAUCAAAGGAAGAAACAUGAUGCUAAAAAACAAUGCAUUUCAAGUCUUACAAAUGAAUUUCCAGAAGACUGUAAAAUCUUACCUGCAGAUACGAAGGACGAUUUCCAAAAGUUAGUAAGACAUUUGGGUGAGCUGCGCCUUUCAGUACCUCAAUGGAGGAAUCAGAGGCCUUUUCUUAUGGCUCAGCAGGUUGAAAUUUCAACGUCCGAGCAGGAUUCAGGCAGGAGUACGCUGCUUCUUUCGGGCUAUGUGCGGGCACGGAGUCUAUCUGUUAACCAGCUGGUUCAUGUGCCAGGAGCAGGAGAUUUUCAACUAGAUCAAAUUGACAUUCUUGAAGAUCCUUUUCCUCUUAAUCAACUCAAGAAGAGUAAAGUGGAUUCCAUGCAAUUAGAUGAUAACUCACAAAGUCAGAAGAUUCUCCGAUCGUUGCUGCCAAACACAUUAGAACAGGAACUCAUUGUUGUUGAGAAUGUUCCAGAUCCUCUUGCAGGCGAACAGACAUGGCCAACAAAAGAAGAGUUAGCUGAAGCUGAUAAGAAUACUAAGCAAAAGAAGAUGAGGAAGAGGACUCUUCCACGGGGCGUGUCUGAUUAUCAGGCUGCAUGGAUUGUGGAAGAAACUGAUGAUGAAAAUGACACUGGUGAUGAAAGUGAACAUGAGGAUGACAUGGAGCUGUGCAAGGAGGAACAGAGGGACAAUUGUCAUGAAGAAAGCAACAAUCUUGAGGAUGCUUCUGUUGCAGGAGAUCACGCAUCCGUCUCGUUUUCUUUAAGAGAUUAUGAUGAAGAGACACAAACUGACUUUAUGGCCGAUGAUGAUAACUUUAACCAGGAGGAAGUGCAAGCUGAAAUCCAAAGGCUGAAGGAAGCGCAUGCACAAGAUGAGGAAUUUCCAGAUGAAGUGGACACACCAAUGGAUGUCCCAGCUCGGCAACGGUUUGCAAGGUAUAGAGGUCUGAAGUCUUUUCGAACCUCAAGUUGGGAUCCAAAGGAGUCUUUGCCUGAAGAGUACGCUCGGAUAUUUGCAUUUGACAAUUUUGCUAGAACACAUAAGCAUGCUUUGGCAAAAGCAAAAGAAAUUGAUAGUGGAAAGCUGGAUGGUUGUGCUAGUGUCGGUGCUUAUGUUCAACUUCACAUUAAAGGAGUUCCUAUUGAUAUAGUCACAAAACUAUUGCAUGGUUAUAGAAAUCGGCCAGUUAUAGCAUUUGGUCUCUUUCAACAUGAGACAAAGAUGUCUGUAUUGCAUUUCAGUGUAAAGAAACAUGACUCUUUCAAAGACCCUAUCAAGUCAAAAGAACCUCUUAUGUUUCAUGUGGGAUUCCGCCAGUUCAGUGCAAGGCCAAUAUUUUCUUCUGAUGAUAUCAAUGGGGAUAAACAUAAACUGGAGAGGUUCCUACACCCUGGCCAUUUCAGUGUGGCUUCUGUUUUUGCUCCAAUUUGCUUUCCACCAUUGCCUGUUAUUGUUUUCAAAGACAUGGGAGAAUCUGCUGGGAAUAGGCUAGCUGCUGUUGGUUCAUUGAGGAGUGUAAAUCCUGACAGAAUUAUUUUGAAGAAGGUUGUUUUAACAGGUUAUCCUCAGCGAGUCUCAAAAGUUAAAGCAUUGGUGCGAUUUAUGUUUCACAAUCCUGAAGAUGCUAGAUGGUUCAAGCCUGUGGAAUUAUGGACAAAAUAUGGUCGGCAUGGUCGAAUUAAGGAACCCGUUGGUACGCAUGGGGCGAUGAAGUGCAUUUUUGAUGGCGUUGUUCAGCAGCGGGACACAGUCUGUCUUAGUUUGUAUAAACGAGCUUAUCCUAAAUGGACGGAGCAACACUUCUAAUUGUGAUAGAAUUACAGAUUUUGGUUUUGAUUCUAUAGUUAAGGUUGCAUUAGCCUGUUUCAACUAUUAUUAAUAGGAAAUUCGCUGAAAUGGGUAUGUGAUAAUUUAUUUGGCCAAAGCAUGGCCAACAUCGAAUAUUUAUUUGGAAAUUCGCUGAAAUGGGUAUGUGUGAAUUUAUUUGGUCAAAGCAUGGCCAACAUGGUCAAAUUCAUGAAAGAAGAUAUAUUUUGGCUUCAACUUGGGAAUAUGGUCGAAGUAUGGCUGGCAGGGUUGGGUUCCUGAAAAGAGUAUUUGCUCUCCUAGGAUUAGGAGGUGCUUAAAAUGAACCAAAAUAAUUUUGGCUUCAACUAUGGGACUUUUUUAAUUUAUUAAUUAUAGAGAAGCGAUUAUUCUUACUAAACAUGGCGUGUUGAAACCUAUUUGUAUUACCAGUCUUUAUUCUGCUAUAUAGUUUCUGAAAAUUAUUUUUGUCCGAA